CCAUCCAUCGAUUAUCCAUUGGCUCGUCGGACAUAUCCAUACAACUCCGGGAAGCCACUCGUCAUAUGUCGGUUACUGGUGCGUGUUUCUUGACGUGUGAGCCCUUGUUGGUGUGCCGGACACAGCAGUACCGAUCCCACCGGUCGUUCACGGGCGGGGGGUCUCUGCAAAGACCAAGACAGACAGACAGACAGGCAGACGGAAGAUCGAGCACACACGUGGGAGAGAAACAUGUAUGUCAAUGCUGACCUCAUGAUGCGUAUAUUGAGGGACAGUGCAGAGGAGUUGCUCUGCUCAUCCAGCGGCGCUAUCAGACCUGCACCGCACCCAGCCAACCAGCCGUGCAUGCAUGCAGACAGACAGACAGACAGACAGAGAGACACCGGUAUAGAUGGACAUACCGGCGUAAGCGUGGAGUCGCUUGGUGACGGCUUGGAACUCCUCAUUAGGCAGGAGCUUCUUCUUUCGUGCCAGCUGGUCACUGCACACACAAAGACAAGCACCACGCCGCUGUCCCAGUCGUCAAUCGACAAGCAAGACAUGUAUGUGGUUACAGGAUGGCGGCUGCCUUCGACUGGUACGGAAUUGGCCGCUUUUUGUCCUCUAUUAUCUCCUUCCCUGCGCACACAUACAACAGACAGGCAGGAGACAUGAAAAGGGGCGAGAUAAGCACUGCCUUGUUCACUGGGCACCGUCGACAAGAGCAGUCAUCCGUCUGCGGAAAUCAUCCAACACUGCCCUACCAUGGACACGCACAAACAUACACACACACACACACACGUGCAGAGUCACGGGUGGCCCCAUGCAUGAAUGCUGGAGCAUCUGCGAUGUACCGCUGUAUCUCUUGAAAGGACAGCCGGCCGUCCUCGUCUUGCGGAAUAUGCGCCAGCAAGCCAAGCACCUCAUCCCGUGUGUAGUGGCCCGCCGGGUUUAGAGCCGUCCUCACAAGCGACUCCACCAGUAAGUCGACGGUCUCCUUCGGUCGAUAGAAAAGCUUGAACAGCUCCUGCCUAUACAUCUCUGCAAACGCCACUUUCAGCUCCCCAUGAGUCAUCACGUGACGACCCUUAAACCCUGAAAGAAUCUCGGAGCACCACAAACAUCACAAACAGGUGAAUGCACCCGCCGUCUGCGUGUCAUGACGCCAACCUACAUACCUGCGCGCAUGAGUCCCUGCUCGUCAGCCGGCCCGCAAUGCGCAUAGAAGUCGAGUCUUGGUGUUGAUUCGGGAUGUUCGAUGGUUUUUGGAAAGAGGAAGAGCAUCAGGGAGGUGAGAGUCACUCUUGCGGGUGCGAUGGGUGGGUCAACUGGGGCGAGGGGAUUGGGCAAGGAAGGAGGAGGGAGCGCAGCUGAUGCGCGAGGGCUGCCUCCAUUCAGGGGUGGAGCUCCUGUGGUCUCCAUUUUGUCACGGUGCUUCACGG